UAUCAGCCCCGGAGUCUCUUUGUCUCCCAGCGCCUGGACAAAAAUUACAGCCCCAGGGAAGGCGGCAGCGUGUGUUAGGGGCGCCCUGUUAUUUAGGCUUUCUUCCUCUUCUACUGCGUCGCCGUCGGGAGUGGGGUCGCCUCCACACCUUCCAGGACCCAGCGCGGCGAUUCCAGGGCUCACCUUUGCGCUUCCAGGUGAUGAAGGUGGUGGAGGUGGUGAAGGUGGUGGAGGUCGGAAAUGCUGCGGCGGUGCUGGAAAACCUGAGGGAAGGAGAGAAGGAGGAAAGUCCCUGUGAACCGCCUCUGCCUCCGCCGCCACCACCACCACCACCACCUGAUCUAUCCUCCACGAAGGCCGCAGGAGGACAGGACGCAGGACCAGGCAGUGUUGUUCUUUGUGGCGCUGCGUCGUCCUUCUGCGCGUGGGUCUCCGUCCCGUCCCGUCCCAGCAGGCAUGUCCUUUGGCGUCAGCUCGCCGAACUUCUCAGAUUUCAGAGUUGCAGUGUGGCCGUGUUUGUGAUAAACCCGCUGUUCCCUGGAGACUACGUAGUGCUGCUGGGACUUACCGUACUGCUGCGACCUUUGCAACUUAAGUUCCCUGCGUGUCAGACUCUGUGGGGCUUGCAGUGUUGCGAGUAACGAGCUUCCCAGUGUUCUAAGUCUAGAGACUCCCCAUCUAUGAUAAUAAUAUUGAUUUGAAUUUUAUAUAUAUUUUUUUUUUU